AUGCCGCUGCUGGCCCUGCGCACCGAGGGAAACGAGGCGGCUCCGUGGCGGGCCGUGAAGGUUGAAAACGUGAAAUUACUAGAUCGCUAUACAAACAGGAAGGCAGCAAAUGGGACGUUAUACCUGACAGCGACCCAUCUAAUCUAUGUAGAUGCUUCUGCUGAAGUCAGAAAAGAAACAUGGAUUCUGCAUCACCAUAUUGCAGCUGUAGAAAAAUUACCUCUGACCACAGCUGGGUGCCCUCUCCUUAUUCACUGCAAGAACUUCCAUGUGGCACACUUCGUUAUUGGGCAGGAACGUGACUGUCAUGAAGUGUAUACCUCAUUGCUUAAACUUUCACAACCAGUGAAGCCUGAAGAUCUUUAUGCUUUCUCUUAUAAUCCUAAAAUGUCUAAAGAUAACCGGGAGAUUGGAUGGAAACUGAUUGAUUUAAAAGUAGAUUACCAGCGUAUGGGAAUUCCAAAUGACUAUUGGGAAAUAACGGAUGCUAAUAAAGACUAUGAGGUUUGCAACACAUACCCUCCAGAAAUAGUGGUGCCUAGAGCAGCUAAUAAGGCAACAGUGAUCGGAAGUUCCAGGUUCAGAAGCAGAGGGCGGAUUCCGGUGCUUUCCUACUUAUAUAAAGAAAACAAUGCUGCCAUAUGUCGUUGUAGCCAGCCUCUUUCUGGAUUCAGUGCACGCUGUCUGGAGGACGAACAAAUGUUACAAGCAAUCAGAGAAGCCAACCCGGGGAGUCCGUUCAUGUAUGUUGUAGACACAAGGCCAAAGUUAAACGCCAUGGCCAACCGAGCUGCUGGGAAGGGCUAUGAGAAUGAAGAUAAUUAUGAUAACAUUCGCUUUAAAUUUAUUGGCAUAGAAAACAUCCAUGUGAUGCGGAACAGCUUGCAGAAACUCCUGGAAGUGUGUGAAACAAAGUCUCCCUCAAUGAGCGACUUCCUCACUGGGCUGGAGAACUCAGGUUGGUUACGGCACAUUAAAGCUGUGAUGGAUGCAGGUGUCUUUCUUGCCAAGGCUGUGAAAGAUGAAAAGGCUAGUGUGUUAGUCCACUGCUCCGACGGGUGGGAUCGCACCGCUCAGGUCUGCUCCCUGGCUGGCCUCCUUUUAGACCCAUUUUAUAGGACUUUUAAAGGCUUCAUGGUCCUAAUAGAGAAGGAGUGGAUUGCAAUGGGACACAAGUUCUCACACAGGUGUGGUCAUUUGGAUGGUGACCCUAAAGAGGUAUCCCCUGUCUUCACUCAAUUCAUUGAAUGCGUCUGGCAACUCAUGCAGCAGUUUCCAUGUACAUUUGAGUUUAAUGAGCGUUUCCUCCUUGAAAUCCAUGACCACGUCUACUCCUGCCAGUUUGGCAACUUCCUUGGGACCUGUCAUAAGGAGCGUGAGGAUCUGAAAAUCUUUGAGAAGACCCAUUCUCUCUGGCCUUUCCUCUUACAGAAGAAGCAGGAGUUCAGAAAUCCAUUGUAUAGAGGUUUUACAGCUUACAAAGAGCUUCAACCAAACACGCUACCUUUCAGUUUCCAGUUUUGGUGUGGGAUGUAUAAUCGUUUUGACAAAGGAAUGCAUCCAAAACAGUGUAUGUUGGAUCAUCUCCUAAGCUGCGUGAGCCAAAAGAUGAAACUAGAGGACAAUGCAUCUGAAUUGGAGAAUAAGCUUCCUUUCCUUGAUGGUCCUUUACCCGCUGAAGUUUGCUCCGUACCUAAAAUGGGAAGUGCUUCUUCGAAAACACCGAUGCUCAACACUCCCCAGGAUUAUGAAGGGGAACCACCUCCUGUGUUGACUAAUGGUACUGCGGUGGGGGAUAUAGAUGUUAUGUCGGAUGUGGACCAAAAGAACAAAGAGAACCUGUCUAAGCACCAGGACCUCCAGGACCUUAAUGACCCCAUCGGUGCUUUAGACUCUGAAGCGAAGGACUGAAAGCCUCAGCACCAUUGCUCUGAAAACUGAGUUAAACGAACCAUGCGCUUGUGGUGGUAAGGCAUAUGAGAUCUGCGCCCCAGUGAGGGUGUAGCACACUUAACCCUUUACAGCUAAGUGUUAGUAUGUAUAUUUGCAGGGGCUGUUCUCCCGCUGCAGAGAACACACUCUGCGUUUGGUUUGUUUUGCGUUACUGCAGUUGCAAUGAUGAAGAGGCAUGCAGAGCUGCCACGAAGGCUGUCUUGACUUAGAGCGUAAACCUCAUUUCACAGCUGAAGCGUGGUAUGUGUUUAAGGUUUAUAACUGCCUGCCAGUACUGGUAUUUCAAGCAAAAAGACAUCUUGGCUGAUUAACGUGGAGGGUUAGCGGUUUGACAGUGUUUAUAACUUGAGUAGGAAAGAUGCAAUCCAUUUCUUUUCAGCGGUGGUGAAAGGUUGCAAAUGCCAUUUCAGUUCGUCUUCAAAUGAUAAAAAGCCUUUUCUUACCUGUGAAUGAAUCUCUGCAUGGACCCUCACCUUGUGGCAGAACAGAUUCAUUUUUUGUUUCCUAUGCAUAUUUGUUAAAAAACAGAAACAAGAAACCCUGUGCCUUUUCAUGGAGACCAUCUUAAUGUCUAGCCAUGCAAUAUAGUAUUUUUAUUAUUGUAGUGUGUAGUGUAGUAUUUGGUUGUCUUUGUAGUCAGUAUUUUUACACUAGGUUUUGUAUCUGCUGCCAGCUUCCCCAGGCUGCUCCCCUGAGUUUAAUAGCUUCUUUCUAAGCCGACCUUUCAGAGAAUAAGCUUUUAUGGACUUUACUUACUGAUCUUGAGAGUGCAGCAAGCUGCAAAGACAGCCUGUAGCACAUCUAUCUCUGAUAGAGGCAGGAUUAGUAAUGAGAAAGUAUAGGAGGACUGUUCAGAUUUACAUGGAAUUUUUUGCUCUUGUUUUAUGAUCUUGGCUAAAUAAAACAAGAGAAUAGUUUUUUAUUCUAAGUUGGAAUUAAUUUGUUUUUCUCAGAUCCAUCAAUGAGGCAAUAAUUACAGAUGAGGUGUGUUCUGCUACUGAAAUGUAGGCUAAAAGGAUGACUUCACUUCACAUCUUGAAUGAUAAUAACGAGUGUUAUCUUGGGUAUUAAAACUACAUGAAACCUUAGAGAUGUUUUGUCCGUACUGCCAAGACUUGUGGAAAUGAACACUAUCGCUCAUGGCAGUGAUCUUUGUAAUUUUGUGAAACUGGUGACAAAAGGUCAAUCGGGAUGUCACCCACUACUGGAACAAAGAAAUGGACAUCUUGGCUCAUGGAUCUGGCUCCACCUUGGACUCACUUCAGUGCUUGUUCUGCUGCUUGGCUUCUUUAAACUGUGGUAAACUCAGCUGGAGAUACUGGUUAAAACUGCCACGUGUAAAAAGGAGAAGAAUAUUUCACUUAUGUGCAACUCUUCUCAAGAAACAAGGGCUUGCCUCCCCAGGGAGGUGGAUGGCCCAGAAGAGCUGUACCGCAGUACCUGUUCUGGACAAAUUUCUCCUAUAGGUGUGUUUAAUUGCACAACGAGUCCCUUUGUGCAGUUUAAUUCAUUAUGUUUUUCAGCUUUCUUUGGAUCAUGUUGUUCAUAUCAGAUAUUGCCAUCUGGACUUCAAACCAGUUUUUCAGUUUAUAAAAUUUUGAGUCAAACUGAAAAUAUCUUCUCAGUUAAACCCCCCCCCCAAACCCUUAAUAAAAAGUAAAAACAUUCCACUAUAAUAUUGUAAAACGAUAUAGCCUUUGUUUGUAUGCUUAUGAUCUAGUGUGAAAUGACCAGGUUAGUUUCCGCGGUCAGGAUUAACAAAGUAGAAAAAAAAGAAUCAUCCAAGUGUCUCCCUUUAGGUGAGAAGAUACCUUUUAUUAAAGCAUGUUAAAAGACCCAAUUAGAAAGGACAAUACCAGAGAACAUGCAGUUUCUUCGGUGCCUAGAAUGGCAGUGAGAAACAAACUUAGUGUUGCGGAUUUUAAAAUCUCCAAGCAAACAAUCUUUAAGUCGGCUUAAAGAAUAGUUGUUUUCAAGGUAUGAGUGAGAGAAAUGCAGUGAGGAAUUGCUUUAAAAACGAGGCACGUAUAAUACUGAACCAGAUGUGCGUAAACAGAAGACAUUCAAGUCUUUUUGUACGGGUACAUAUGAAAAAUAUUGCAUCAUGCACAAGAGCUAUGCGUUUUGUUUUGAAGAGUGCACCGAAGGAAUUGCGCUCUUAAGUCUUAAUUGCACUGCAGCAAAUAGAGAGUUCAAAAUUCUGCUCUAGAUUUCCACUAAAAAGUGUUGGGCGAAUUCCUGCCCUUUGCCUCUUUAUAGUGUAAGAGUUCAAGUUCACAUACACACGCUUGGCUCUUCUGAGCCCUUGUCAAAUAGACUGGUAGAUUAACCUUGUCUUUCCUCUCUAGGUAGUAGAAGAGGUGUAGCGGAUAGUAUGUAUGCCUUCUUAAAUAGGGAACUCGUAAAUGAAACCAAAAUAUGCACUUUUUAGGACCAAUUAUUUUACAAGUCAUCAUUCUCUUAUGUGAUUUCUAAUGAGAAUUAGAGAUACAGAAUUAUAGAAAAUUUUGACUGACUACUGAAGGAUUUGGGCAUACGGUUUGUUAAUCUUUGUAUAAGAACAUUUUGCAAAAAUGUUUCUGUAAAUGUUUACACACUGCCUUGUCUUUUGAAUUACCAUGGAUUACCUUGGAAAAAGUACAGUGAUCUUUGCUUAUUCCUAAAAGAACAUGACACUGACAUCCCCUUAAAUCUUUUAUUCUUGACUAUGACAUUACUUUCUGCGCAUACAGCCCUGAAAAAGAUUACUUUAUUCACUGAAACUAUUUCUGAGCUUUCAGUAGUCUUGCUGCUUUUGACUUCAGUAGCAAAACAAUGCAUGACUUUAUACUUUGAAAUGCAGAACCUAGCCAAAAAAAAAGGGUAAUGAUCUGUCUUCAACCUCUUGGAUAUAGUAUAUACAAACUUGGUCAAAGUCUACGACAUAUUUAAAACCAUUCAUGCUGGUGCUGUAGAUUUAGGGGGCUGGAAAAGAAUCCAGGGUUUCCUGGAAUUCCAUGAGAUCAUUUGUUUGAAAACCAAUUAGCUAGAAGCUUUUUAGUUUGGAAGAUAAUUUUUAUGCGUUUCAAGACCAAAAAUGAAAAGCUGUUUAAAGCGCUGCAGCACAUCCUCAGGUCUCUGAUCAGCUGGGACUGGCUUCCUACUGUGGCUUCUAGACUCUUGCAGAAAGUGUCUGUUCAGCUCCUUAUGGAGUGCCCUGCCUGCUGAUAGUGGUGAGUGGCUUGAUUGUAUCGUCCCUAAAAAAGUAUUCAAGGAAACCUAAAAACCUGUUACGUAGCUAUUGUCUUAUGUAAGCGCUGUAUGGAAGGAAAGUUACUGUAACUUAUUUAUUCCUAGCUGAACGUCCAUGUGUUGUUAAGUCACGAAUACGCUUUCAUUGGGAGCUGUAAACUGAACAAUGCAACUUGCUGCUUUCCGUUUUGUUUCCUGUAGCUGGGAGAACGGCGAGGGAAGAGGGAUCCUAUUUGCUGUGGGUGGGUUCUGUUUAUGUGAACCUCCUUCUAUUUCUGGAAGAUCUCUUGCUUUUGAUGAGAUACUCCAGUGGCUUGACGCCUGUACGUAGUCUCUCUCCCUUGCUACAAAUAGGUGCAGCAUUGCAAUGGGAAGUGCCUAAAAUAGUCUGUGUUAAAGCUACUACUUUGCAGUAGAAGAGGGACUUGCAUAGUUUUAUUUCUCAGUAAAAUGUCUUAAUGUGAACUUCAUAAUGCUGGAUUCUUAACUUAUGUUUUGUUUUGCAGUUGUCAGUGAUAGACAAAAUCAAACCAGUGCUGUUUCACUGCUUUACAGAAAAAAAAGGGAAUAUUUAGUUUGCCCGUAGAUGCUCAGUUAGCAUCAGUUCUCAGUUGGCCUUCUUUUACGGUAGAGGAAAAGGCUGUUUAUUAAAAGCCCAUAUGUGUACUAUACUCUCAGCUGCAUUCUGUUCCUGAUCUUGGUGUGAACGCCUUUUAUUUAAGCACUUAGAAGAAAUACCUUCCUGCUAUGUGGAUGCUUGCUGAUAGCUGAAGCCACCUUGAAUAGGAUGAAGAAAGAGAUUUGCUUGUAGGUAGCUGGUAAACCUGAGUUUGGGGGCAUCUGGGGGUCCUGGUGAGAUUCCCUGGGAGCUGAAGCGCUUUGCAGGAUCACUGCCUUGAAUGAGACCUGGUUGGGUUGCAGGUGGAAAUACCCAAAUUGAGAAGUGCCCGGUGUCUUCUGUUUCCACUGGGUUUAGUGAUCAUGGGCCCUGAUAGUCUCCCAGAAAGCACCCUUGCAUGUUGCCCAAAUAAAUGUGUAACAUAUGCAGGGAAAGCAUUUAAGAGAGCUUUUGUGCCAGAUGCAGUUUCAGUUCAUGUUCAGGCAAACCGGGUCUUUGGGUAGCUUUAGUGCCUGACUGUUGCUUCUCAAAAGGAGUAAUUUCUUGGCACUAUUCAGUAAUGAAUAGUGACUGAAAGAACUCAAAAUGUAUCUGUUGCUUCUGUUUUGUUUUCCCCCUUCACCACCCUCUUGCAUCGAGUGCUAGGAUCAUUUUUUGUAUGGACCUAAGGCAGUUAGCAGCAGCUGAGGCGAUCCCUUGUUUACGUCCCGUCCCUAUUGCACACGGGCACAUCCAGCGCCUGAGUUCUUUGGGGGGAAAGUUUGUUCUGAAUGUGGUAGUUUGAUUUUUAUUAAUACACAGCACUUGAUAAAUAUAGAUGAGAAACAUCUCAAACCGUUGAAGUCCAUGUUUUCCUAACUGUCUAGCACUGAGGGUAGCCGGGUCAGUGUAAUUUGUUAGGGUAAGUAUUAAAACAAGCAGUGCUUCUGCCCUUUGAUGUCUUUGAACUACAAAAGCAAUGCAGAAAAGAGGGUAGGUUAAAGCGGGUGACCUGUAUCUCGUAACGUUUAUCUGUGUGGGUAUGGCCCUAUGCGUGCAUCUGUAUUUAAUGUAGCAGCAUACUACUGGUUAAACUUGUAGCACUGGAUCUAGUUGUAUGUAACUGAGCACAAAUGUGUACCUUUCUUAUCAUCCACCAGCUGAUCUUUGUAGGAACUUACCUAAAAUUGUGUGUAGUAUUCUGCUUAAAAUUUUAAAUGUUUUUGCUGUUUCUGCAAGUCAGUUGUUACUUUUGUCCUUAGUGUAAUUGUUGAGGGGCAGUUGUAUAAAAUUGUGUGUGAUGAAAUCCCAUGUUCUUGAACGUGUUGCAAUGGCCAUUUACAUAUAAUUCAUCUUAGUUAAUGCACUGCUUAAAAAACAUGUACCAUAUUUGAAGGAGCACUGUGUCCUUUUACUCGAAAAGUAUUUGUCUGAUGAAGUUUCGUUUGUAUGACAGUUUAUUUUUAUUUCCUACAAAAAUAAAUA